AAACUAACAUGUCCCACCCUCUCACCCACGUGAUCGCAUCUUCUCAACAUGAGAGUACACUAAGGGACAUAACUGCUGAUCUUAUCGGACUACCGGCAAACAGCGAACAAGGCACAGAAACGCCAAACCGUUCUGCACAAUGGGUGACGAGGCAUUCCAGAAAGCUGCAGAGGAGGUGAAGAACCUGAAGCAGAAGCCCACAGAUGACGAAAUGUUGAAGGUUUAUGCCCUCUUUAAACAGGGUACAGUAGGAGACUGUAACACAGACCGACCAGGACUCCUGGACUUGAAGGGCAAGGCCAAGUGGGAUGCUUGGAAUGCCAAAAAAGGAACAGCCCAAGGUCAAGCAAAAGAAGACUAUGUAAAACUAGUUGAGGAACUUAAAGCCAAAUACAACUAGUCAGCCAGAAAAACCAUGAAUAUCUCUCGUCCGCUUCUUUCCGACACCUGUGGACCUCUGCUACAGCAGCAGUCUUCAUCGUUGUAAUGCUCUGUUGUGGAUUAAGCAUGUAUGCUUUGAUACUGUGAAGCGAUCUCCGAUUUUGUGUUGCUUCAAGUUUUGUUUGUCACACAGAAGAUUGUGAGAGUAACAUCAUUCAAAAGCCUUUUUUU